UCGACGACAGCCAGGACCAAUCCCCUCGCGAAAACCUAGCGCGCUCGGGGCCAAUCCUCUCCGUCCUCGAGCCCCUCUUCUUCUCCCUCCACGCCAUCUCGCCGUUCCCAUCUCGCCUCCCUCGCGCUCGCACCGCCGCCUUCUCUCCCCGGUGCUCGAGGUGUAGCAGCAGGGGUGCCGGUCCUCGAUCCAGCCGGGUCCAGCGCAAGUCACCGGCUUCACGUGCCGUGAUGCUAGAUCGGGCGCAGAUCUUCGCGCCGCCACCUCUCCUCCUCUCUCUGGCCCAUGCCGCCACUGUUGCAAGGAGCAGGGGAGAUAGGCGACGAGGACAAGAAGCAGCAGGCUGGUCGCGGUGGGCUUGAGGUGCUGGGAGGACGGAGGAGUUCGUCGUGGUUCGUCAUGGAGGCGGCGCCGCCGGCCAGGGGACAUCGUUGGUGCACUCGGUGCAGGAUCAUCGGGGCUGCUCUCGUUCGUUCAGUUUGUCACUGUUCCUUUUGCUCUACUCGUGCUCAAGAGGCUUACUUGCAGUCCCUGAGCAAGGCUAUGUCGCACUACCACAAGGCCCAACUGCUGCUCCUCGACAUCACCGACUUCUCGCUAUCCAGAGCAAGUAUGAGAGCUCCAGUAAGCCAUCGUCCAGAACCAGUCCAUGUCUGAGACGACGUUUGGAAGGGUGUCCGAUUUCAUCGCACCUUUUGCAAUGUUUCCUAAGACGGAUGAGCCUAGAGGUACCAGAACAAUACAAUUCAAUCUCUUCUCAUGUUUCUGCAAGAGUAGAUACAGUGUACUGUGUUGGAUAUGCUGACUCGUUUUGAGGGAGCUAGAAAAUCUGUGGUGCUUCCUGGAAUCACGUUAUUCAAGGUAAAACCAGCCAAGUUGUUCUCUUCGAUGUUCUUUGCAUUAGAUUAAUAUAAAUCAUGUUCCUAGCAAAGUACUAUUCUAUUACAAUCUUUUAGAGUUGUAGUAGCCGGAGAUUCAUUUUCAAGUUUGAACCCCUAUCCUAUUAUUUAUGUUUGAGCAUGUUCUUCUUGUUUCUGUACGAGUACCUCUAAUUUAACUCUCUAAAAGCUCCCAAGCAAAAGAAGGCUUGCUGCGUCCUAAAAAAGAUUCUCCUUGUUUGCUUAUGCUUGUGUUGCUUCCUGCCUACUGCUUUGGUACAAAUAUAUGCAUGUUAGUUUGUCUCUGAUGUGUUGUAGGGCGUGCCCAGCUUUCUUAGCUUCUUACCAAUUCUUGGUUCUAGGAUCCAGUAGACUAGGUGAUCAUUUUUUAUAUAUGCCCAAACCAACGCAUGCUGCUGUAAUAUAUGUGCUUCAGAAUUGGCAGAGCACCACUUGCUGUAUACAUAUGCAAACAGUAAUUCUUGUUGCUCACCAAUAUGAGGUAUAGUUGUGGGAAUCCUGAACUGAAGUUGGGGAUUGCUGAUGUGAAAUGGCGGCGUCACGAGCCAGAUGGUCACCAUGGAGACCAUAAGCAGCCCAGCAGCAGCAAUCCAACAUAAAUGCAUAAAACAAGCAUGAGCGGACACACGCAGCAAUAAGCAUGGGAAUAGAAGUGGAUAGCCAUGGAACCUGUUGCGCGGGGAGCGCCAGUCAGCCUGGCGGACCUGUGACGUAAGCACGACGCUAGAUCAGACACACUCACGGUCAUUGGCGUGUGCGCUGGAUCGGCAGCCCUCGGCUGAUACAAGCAACUUGCAUGAUGUGGUCGCUUGGUCUAUCCAUCAACAUUAUAUCUCCUUCAUCAAUUAGUUUUCUCAUAUUUCUUAUUAUGAAGGCUAGGAACUAGGCUGAAAUACACAUAUGUUUUAGUUUUUGCUUUUCUUAAUGCAGAUGUGGAAGAUCUAAAAUCCUCUGUGAAAGAUUUUGGUUCUGCGGAAGCCAAUGAUCUGGCACUGGGACCUUAACUUCUGGAGUGAACGACUGCGGGAAUCAAAAUACAAUAUUGAUGAGGUUCUUUCUUUACAGAAAUCGAUUACAAUAUUAAUGAAAUUAGCUCCUGGCCAUUGCAUAUUUCCAUACUUAUUGGAAUUCGGUUUUAUCAUUAAUUGUUGAUUUAACUUUUUAGCUCUGAUGUAUGAGAAAACUAUCUGCAUUUCUUAUCUAUCAUGGAUAUGCUGAUAUAUUGCUCUACUAAAAGGAAUUGUUGGCCUAAGAUGUUAUUAUAUACGUGACAUGUUAUUGGCUAAAUAUGAUUCAUACUUUACAAACUCCUUACAGCUGGAGUAGGAUCCAAUGAACAGAUGAUGAAAAAUAAAUUAAGCACUUGCUUUGAUUUGUUCAAAUUUUUACAGAAACUGUUAGAACACACUUUUCUUUGCAAGCCGGAUACAAAGAGGAAUGUGUUAAAUAUAUGGAAGAUAAAAUUAUUUGCAAGCAAACUCUGCUUGUUUGCCAUAUUUUGCGCACCGUCUUAAAAUUAUUUGUCCAAUGGAAGGACUCUCUGCAACAUCAAUUCCAGUAUGUUGCUUUAGUUGUUCUGUGUGAUGCAAGGUAAUAUUUUUCUUGCAAUUUUUGCAUCUUUUACCUUUUCACUUCUGUUGAGAGAAACAUGUUGUUUCUUAAGAAGAUAUUGUUUAUAAGACGGAACAAUACUCACCAUAUAUGAUAUUCUUCCACCAAAUAAAUAUUUUUUGAGUGCAACUAAAAUCGUUUUCCUUCUCAUUCAUGAUACUGUGGUCUGACAUAGCUGAUGGAUGUUCAGGUUUCUCUAUUAAUUGCAAUGCCUUCUAGAUGUUCUACUAUAGUGUUAUUUGUCUGUGCUUUAAUAUCCAUUCUGCAUGUGUUCUUUUGUUUAUUUUCAAGAUAUCCUGGCUCUCUGGAAUAUGCCCUGUUCAGCUGAAAGGAUGUAUUGCAAUUAUGCAGAGAGAUCGAAUUGUUCGGACUCCAGUGCCACUUUCAGUUUUCUAAUUUUUGCAGGGAUAUUGAGUGAGGGCUGGUCUAAACUUUAAGAGAAUAACUUAUUACAUUCUGGGAUCACCAACUUUUGGCGUUUUCUCGGACUAGGUAGGUAGGACCAUUAGCAAUUCUCCUGAUUUGCUUGCAAGAUUGAUUUAUGAAAAUAUCAUGGUCGUUAUAUUUCGGUUUGCUGCUAAUUUCAUUGAAUAUGUUUUGAUGGAUCCUUUUUAAGCUUUCAUCCUUUACCAUUUGUAAAAGUAACUAACACAUUCGUGAUUGAAUUUUUGAAUGGUUAAUGGGAACACUAUAGGUCUUGUUUCUUCGCUUUUUUAAUGUUCCAUAUAUUUUUCAUGUACAUACCAUAGUGUGCAUUCAACCAUCUACGAAGCUUCAUGACUGAUUAAAUGUUACAGCUGCUAAUGUUAUUGUGUUUCAUGGAUCAAGUUUUUCUUUCUGUUUCCGCAUUGACGUGUUGUUUCAAUGGUAGAGUUAGUUUUUUUUGCGGGAAUGGUAGAGUUAGUUACGACUGGUGUUUUCCUUGCGUCCCUGCCGCCCUGGCUACAGCUUGUUAUGCCAAUUGUGGCAGAGUGAAGGGAGGGAGAGACUAAAAUAAUUGUAGUUCUGAGACAUAAAUGUGUCAACAGAGCUUAUGGUUUCCACUGCGGUUUUUCUCAAAUAACCAAUAUAUGUCUGCAUUCUUAAUAUUUCUUGCUUCUAUUUGUAAUCUUACUAUUUUCUCCAUGAUACACUUGCUUACCAAUAUGGUAUUGUGUUCAGUGUAUGUGGCCUACCGUAUCCGUGAUGUGGUGGCAGGAAGAGGCCAGUGCCACCAUUACUGUAUCCGUGUCAGCCAUGGUGGCAUGAAGAAGCAUAAAUUCAGAGUAUUGCUAUGAUGUUCUUCUCUAGCGUUGCAGGUGUAUCCGCAAAGUGUCUCAUAAUAUUUGGUUAAAGCCUGCAAUUGUUUAGGUGAUAUGAACUUCCUUUAUCUUGAAUGGAUUUGAACUCCAGCCAAAUUCAAGUGAUGAAAGGUCAGUUUUGUGCUGAUUCACAAGUUUAGAUAUCGUCCCUCCAGUGUACUUCUUGGUUGAUUAAUGAAAAAUGCUUUCUGCUCACUUCCCCUUCCUAGAUUAGUCUGUGUAUGAAAAGAAAAAUUCUUUUUUUGUAUAAUACUAUCGAUACCAUGGAAUAGUUUUUAUGAAUGAUCCUCUUUAGCUAACAUUUAAUCAAGGUUACCUAAAGAGAAUGAUAUCACUUCAUAAAAACCAUUCAUGAAGAGAAUCAUUCAUAAAAACAAUUCUCUUUAUGAUAGUAUUAUACAGAAAAAGCUAACAUUUGUAUAAGGAGAAUCAUUCUCUUUAGCUAACAUUUAAUCAUGGUAUUUGGUGGAACUGGCUGUGGAGUAUUAGGUAGAUUGUGAUAUGGUGAAUUAUUUGUUAGACACGACAUUACGAGCUCCUCCUUUGCAGCAGUACAUGGAUUUUUUGUACAUAAAUCUCAUGAGUCCAUUAUGCCUUACGUAUCUGAACCUAUGAUUCUAGAGAAGAUAUAAUAUACUUCUGGAUUACACAAGGUAAAAUCCUCUUUCACUAACCCUUUCAACUUUCAAAUAUUGUCAGUUGGGGCUCACAGAACAGAUUGAGUUGAUUUUGUUGUUCUUUUGUGCUAUCUGGACAGAGCUUAUUGUUUUAUUCCAUUCUUAGUCUACUGAUGGUAAAUGAUAUAUGGAAAAUCAACAUUUCAAGAUUUGGUGUUGUUAGCAUUAGACGGUGUGCAUCAAAUAUGAAAGUAGGGCCAAGCAUCAAAGGCAAGGUGAAGGAAGGUGCCUGUGUGGUUCUUCUGCAGCUCGCAGCGAGGAUUGCUGUGUCCAACCUGCACAAGAAUGCCAAGAAGUCCUUGGAGACGAUUAAGGACAUGUACCUGUACUACAACGAGAGAUCUGGGCUGCUUCUUUGUGGCUUCCAAACUUGAAAUGUUUGUUUGGAAGUUAGUUUAGUUUUUUGUUGUGGAUUCACACCUUCUCACAUGUACCAUCCGGUUAGACCUUUAGAUUUCCAAAGAAACUAAAUGAAGAUAUGGUGGUAUGGUUUCAUUUGUACAACUUAAAGCCUUUCAUGCUUUAUAUUUUCUCGGCAAUUUGCUCUUGAAGAAUCAUGUAUCUAUGUUAGAUCCGGUGAGAAAAGGCGGCUUCAAAGCAGA